AGACAGAGCUAACAGCUAACCAACAAGAUUGGAAGCCUUAGCAACGGUUACUAAGGAGCUGGAACAACAACAACCAUGCAGCCUCAGCAGAGCCCUGGACCCUCAGAGACAGCACAUACAGAAGCUGUUCCUCUCUCGUACACACAAGAUCUGAAAAAUGAGAGUGCCAGGAAGGCAGAGACUUCUCUGACUCCUACAAAAAUGGAGACGCCAGCAACCUGAUCUUCUUCACAGAGCAGCCACUAGCAUGGCACUCUGCCAUAAAGACCCACUACCCCUCCGUGAAGAAAGAGGGGAUCUGUAAUGGCUGGAAACUGAAAGUCAAAGAGGCAGAAGAACCGGACUCCCCCAUGACAUCAGUCAACAUAUACAAGAACGGGACUGUCAUGGUGCAGGGGAACCUCAGGCAGUUUGAGCUGGACUUUCCCCUCAUAAAAGGAAGAGCCCAACUGGAGAAGUGCUCCCCGCCUGAUGACACCCACACCCUGCCAGACACAACCACCACCUCAACCUCCACCUGUCCUCCUGCUGAGCAGCCCUCUGAGAAGAGUGAGCCCCCCAGCUCUGAACAGGCCCAGGACCCCCAGCUAACCCACAUCAUCACCGACAUGAAGAUGAAGUUCAGUGAGCUGGAGAGAGAACUGGUACAGCUGAGAGAGCUGAUCAGCCAUCAGCCGAGCCAGGAGGAGACCUGGAGCCUCAACACGGAGCUGAGCAGACUGAGGCAGGACAAAGACAAGGACAAGACAGAGCUGAGCACCCUGAAGACUGAGAUCAGAGAGCUGCAGCAGCACAAGGAGAGCUACAUGGUAGCACUGAAGGAGCUGAGAGAGGAGGUGAAGGAGCUGAGAGAGGGGAGAGAGAGCACCAGGAGAGAGCUGGCCUCUCUGUCACAGAAGCUCCAGGACAAAGACAGAGUCAGCCCAGGCCUGACAAGACAAACUCUGGAUUCACACCUAGACCACAACCAGGAUCCUGGGAGCACCACACAGAAGCACCAGGACCAAGAGGCUCCACCCACCCAGAUCCACCAGAACCAAGAGGCUCCACCAACCCAGAGACACCAGGACCAAGAGGCUCCACCAACCCAGAUCCACCAGAACCAAGAGGCUCCACCAACCCAGAGACACCAGGACCAAGAGGCUCCACCAACCCAGAUCCACCAGAACCGAGAGGCUCCACCAACCCAGAGACACCAGGACCAAGAGGCUCCACCCACCCAGAUCCACCAGAACCAAGAGGCUCCACCAACCCAGAGACACCAGAACCAAGAAGCUACACCCACCCAGCAGCUCCCCUCCAGUCACCAAACCAACACCACAGCCACACCCCUCCCCAGCCCACUGAUUGACUCCACCCCUCGUCCACCCAGACUGGCACAGCAACCAGACAUCGUCAUCCUCAUUGACUCCAAUGGAAAGUUCUUAAAUGAAAAGAAACUGUUCCCCAACCACAAAGUGGCCAAACUCUGGUGUCCAAACAGCCAACAUGCCAUGGAGCUGCUAUCAGAGGAGCGUCUGGGUUCUCCAAGCCACAUCAUCAUCCACACCGGCACCAACGAGCUGAGAACGCAGCAGGAAAGAGUAUCGGAGCCACUCAGGCGAAUGAUAGAAAAAGCCUCCAACACCUUCCCCAACAGUAGAGUAGUUAUAUCAACACUGCUGCCCAGGAAAGACUUCCACCCAGACACCAUCCACAGGAUUAACAGCAGCGUCUCCAGAGACUGCGUCUUGAAGCCCAACGUCCACCUGGCCCAUCACCCCACCCUGGACAUCAACUGCCUCUACGACCAUGUCCAUCUUUUUAAAAAUACCGUCCCCAUCUUCGCCCAGACACUGAAGAACGUCGCUCUCAACCGAGACCAAUCCACCCCCUGCAGAAGGAGCAGGUUGGCCCGCAGCCCCCCAAGACCGCUACCCAGACCACCACCACGGAGACCUGACCUUCCUCAUCCCCCUCCACGAAGACCCCACCAAAACAGCUAUGAACCCCCUCACACCCGACCAGAGCCCCUCCUGCCCCCAAGAGCCCCACCCCAGCGCCAUAACCAGGAGCCACACCCC